GUGAUCUCCAAAUGCCCUUCCUCUGCUUGGUGGCUAUGUCAACUCAAACGCACCUUCUGUGAGGGUUAGGGUUAGGAUUAAGGAAGGUUGAUUCGAAUCUUUCGACUUCUGAUCCAUCCAUGGCCAACCGCACCGAUCCUGCGGCCAAGAGUAUAAGGGGCACGAACCCGCAGAACCUGGUGGAGAAGAUUCUUAGGUCUAAGAUUUACCAGAACACCUACUGGAAGGAGCAAUGCUUCGGAUUAACAGCGGAGACGCUUGUGGACAAGGCUAUGGAGCUCGACCAUCUUGGUGGUACUUAUGGUGGCAACUGCAAACCUACACCUUUUAUGUGCUUGGUCAUGAAGAUGCUGCAAAUCCAGCCCGAGAAGGACAUCGUCGUCGAGUUCAUAAAAAACGACGAUUACAAAUAUGUGCGAAUACUUGGUGCUUUUUAUCUGCGUCUCACUGGGACUGAUGUGGAUGUGUACCGGUACCUAGAGCCUUUAUACAACGACUAUCGAAAAUUAAGGCAAAAGCUAGCUGAUGGAAAAUUCGCCUUAACACAUGUGGAUGAGGUUAUAGAUGAGCUUCUGACGAAAGAUUAUUCCUGUGAUAUUGCUUUACCGCGGAUUAAGAAAAGAAGGACUCUUGAAUCAAUUGGUUCACUUGAGCCAAGAAAAAGUGUGUUGGAAGAUGAUUUUGAAGAGGAGGAAGAGAAAGAGGAGAACGAACAAAUUGAUGGUUUAGACAAUGGGGUUGAUGAAAGAGAUUAUUAUCAUGGGAGAAGUCCCAUAAGGGAAAGAGAUAGAGAUAGAAGACGUGAGAGUCACAGAUACAGGGACCGAGACUAUGAUCGGGACUAUGACAGGGACUACGAUAGGGAACGUGGACGUGGGCGUGAGAGAGAUAGGGAUAGAGAACGGGAUAGGGACAGAGAAAGAGAGAGGGAUCGGGAUCGGGAUCGGGAUCGGGAUCGCUAUCGCAUAAGAGAAGAAAAGGAUUAUGGUCGUGAGCGGGAGCGAGAAAAAGAGAGGGAAGGUAGGGAACGGGAGAGGCGAGAUAGGGACCGUGGCAGGCGGAGGAGUCAUUCAAGGAGUCGAAGUAGGAGUAGGGAUCGCAAGAGACAUGGCCGCAGCAGCAGUCCGAAAAGGCGUGCGGAUGGUCCAGACGAGCCAAAGAAGAAAAAGGAAAAGAAGGAAAAGAAGGAUGAUGGCACAGACCACCCUGAUCCAGAGAUUGCAGAAGCUAAUAAGCUGCGAGCAGCCUUGGGUUUGAAACCAUUGAAGUUGUGAUCUUCAGCAUUUGCUUGGUGCUGUUAGUAUUAUGUAACUGUGCUGGCUACUGCCUUGCAACAAAAUACUUGGCAUCUUAUGAUACCAUGCUCUUGUUCCAUCAACAUAACUCGGUGUGUCUUGUGUAAAUGACUACUACAUAUUAUAAGACUGAUGGUGACUAUUGAGGCAUGCAGCUAAUAGUGAAAGCAGCCAUUGCUUUUAGGGGUGGAAGUGCUGGUCGCCUUCAUUGCACAAGUUGAACAAUAUGAUUUUUAAUGUGAAAAUUUGCUGUCGUGAUACUGCCUGAUGGCUCCA